AUGGGAAUAAAUUCCCUGGUAUCGAGGAAAUUCCUGAGAGCACUAUAUCAGCGGCUUGGAGUCAAACCAGCGUUCUCUUUGGCAUAUCACCCAGAGUCAGAUGGACAAACAGAAAGAGUCAAUCAGUUCAUUGAGUUUUACCUACGCUCCUACGUUGCAGCCAAUCACUCCAAUUGGGCUGCCUGGUUGCCUUUGGCAGAAUACGCUUACAAUAAUGCCAAACACGCAGCAACUGGAAAAACACCCUUUGAACUUGUUUAUGGGCGUAACCUGGUAAUGAACCCUUCCAACGUCCCAGCCAACGUCCUGGAGGCAGAUGCAGUAGCAGAUACAUUGGCCUGA